CGGAGUCUUUUCUCUCCCGGCGGGAUCUGUCGCUGCUGUCGCUCCUGGCAGGAGCAGGAGCGGGAGCUGGAAUCUGAGUGGGUGCCGGAGCCUGGCAGCGCCGUAGGAUGGAUCUCCCUCACCUCACGAGUCCUACCGACCUCCCCAAGCACAUCCUGGAUAUCUGGGUCAUCGUCUUGAUCAUCCUGGCCACCAUCAUCAUCAUGACAGCGCUGCUGCUGUGCCCAGCCACUGCCGUCAUCAUCUACCGAGUACGAACACACCCCACGCGCAACGGCAUCGUCUGAGCCACGGGCAGGGCGGGACGGCCGGCUCGCUGGGCUGGGGGCUACAGCCAUGGCACCCCGUGCCAGGGACCUCCAUGGGGCACCCUGACAGCUGGAGCCUGGGCAGGAGCUGGGGUGGGCCAGCACCCAGACCUGCUCCUGUACCUGGCUCUCACUGCGUACCCACUGCUCAUUUUGCCCACCGAGCUUAUGAGGACAAAGGGGGACAUGACAGCAUGGGCAGUAGUGGGGAGAGGUGUGACUUUGGGGACAUGUCUCAGCUGGAAAUACCUCACUCCUAUGAGGGAGGCAGGCUGGUCUCACCUUCACUGGUGACACUGUGUCCUCCCAGGCAAGCAGCAAGGAGUGGAAAUGCCUGACAAAGUUAUUUCUUCUUUGGAGUCCCAGCUGUCAAGGUGGUUGGGGAAAAAAAAGAGUCAAAGCAAGAUGGAUGUGGCUUCUGGUCGUGCAUUUAGUGCUUGGCUAAAAGCAUCCAUGACAGAGCUUGUGCUGGCUGCACAGCAGACGUGCAGCUGGCACCGGCUUCUCCUCUAUCCAUCAUCUGCUGCAAUGGUUGGACAGUUCUGCAGGGCUCUUGGUUCCUCUGGGUCUUGUGGGGCAGAAAAUUGUGUGCAGUUCCUGCCAGCCCUCCUGUCUGCACGCUGGCUGCAUUCCCCACUCCUGAUAGUGAGAGCUCCCUCUGUUUGCCCAGCACACCAGCCCUGCUGGGGAGCCUGUGCCUGCCUCACCUGGGCAGGUAAAGCGGGAGGAGCGGGUUUGUGCCCAGCCAGUGGCAAGGGAUCAUGUAAGCUCUGGUAUUGUAUUCUUUCUUAUGAAAUAAAUGGACUUUAUGUGAGUGUGUCGUGCAGAUCUGUCCACACUACAGGUGGUGUCUGGCUCUGCAGGAUCUGGGGUACUUUGCAGCCUCUCCAGAAACCCUCCCUGCUCUGAUCUCCUGCACUGCCUUGCCUAAAGGUCCCUUGGGGGACCUUGAAGCCCAGCAGGAAGCUCACUGACAGCCCAGCCCCAUGCUCCAAGAGGGCAAACUUCAGUCUGGACACAGUGGGUAGGAAGGAUCCCUCAGGACUUUCUGACAGUGGUUGUGGCUGUUUUUCUCCCACUCGGGUAACCAGCACCACUUCCCUCACACCAGCCUCGUGCUGGGUCAGUGUGGCAGGAGCCCUGGGGCUGAAACAGCAUCUUGGUGACUCACAGCCAGGAAGGUUACAAAGUUGACAGGAUGAAUCAGGAAAGGAUGUGGGGAAACACUACGGUGACGCUGGUGGGAAUUAUUUAAAUCCUGUUUUCUGUGCUGAAAAGAGCAACCAGCCCUGCAGUGUUGAAAACCCUGUGUGCCAUCCCUGUGUGGCUUGAUCCACAAUAGCCAGAUUUGGGUUUGCAUUGGGCAGUGGAGCCAGAGGGGCAGGAGGUUCCCAGAGAAGUAGGACCUUGGCCAAACACCUCCUACCUUGGGAAGGGGGCCUAGCACAGGGAUGCAGACCCUGGAGAGCAGAAGUGCCUGCACUGGGGCCCCUGGCUGUGGUUGUGCUGGAGGAAGCAGACACUUAUUCUUGCCCAGCCAAAAAACAUAUUUCUGUUUUGAGAUGUGAACUCUCUCUUCCCCUCUCAAGUUGCAGAGUUUGAGGCAAAUAACCAGUUAUUUUCCUGUUUUUCUUCCUCUCUCCCUCCCUUGCUGGCACGGUGCAGUGGCAGCUGGAGAAC